AUGAUUUAGUAGAAAUAACUAUUUAAUAGUUUUGAAGAUUUUAUUAACUCUUCUCUUUAAUCUCAUACUAAUCUCUAAUUGGAUCUCAAUAACAAAUAAAUUGGAGCUAAAGGUACACUGAACUUGAGUUCUACAAUAACAAAGUGCUCUAAUCUUGAGAAUUUAACACUUGAUCUUUAGUUUAACUCAAUUGGAGAAUAAGGAAUACUACAUUUAUGUUCUACAUUAGUAAAUUGUUCUUUUCUCUCAUCAUUAACACUAAACCUCAGAAGUAAUUAAAUUGGGGCUCAGGGUGCAUCAAAUUUAGGAUCUGCUUUAUCAAAAUGUAUUAAUAUCUCAGUUUUAUCAGUUAACCUUAGGUAGAACCAAAUAGGAGAUAACGGUGCAUCUGAACUAGUCUAAGGCUUAUCCAACAAUGCUAGAUUAUAAAGUUUAAUUCUUCAAUUAGGAUUAAAUUCCAUAGGACCAAAAGGAGCAUCUGGAUUAGCUUCAUCUUUAGCAAAAAUCUCAAUUUUAUCAACUUUAAAACUUUGGUUAGGAGAUAAUUAAAUUGGAGAAUAGGGUACUAUUGAAUUAGCUUUUGCUUUAACAAGCUGUACUAAUCUAUCUACUCUGACACUUGACCUUUAUGAUAAUAAAAUUGGAAUGGCAGGAGUUAUAAGUUUAGGUUCUGCUUUAUUAAAUUUUAAUAAGCUUAAAACUUUGGUAAUUGAUCUCUUCAAUAACAAUUUAGGGUUUUAAGCACUACAAUUAUUGGUGAAUGACUUACUUAAUUGUAAAAACCUCACAAUUUUGUCACUGGAAAUAUUUUUCAAUCAGCUUGAUCGAAUUGAAUUGCAGAAAUUAAAAAGAAAAAUUCUCAAAUUUAAAAGAUUAGUGAAAGCAUCUUUAAAAUUAUGA